ACCAUGAUCCCCGCUCAGGAGGCUUCCCGGAUCUACCACACCAACUACGUGAGGAACGCCCGGGCGAUCGGCGUGCUGUGGCAAGUUCUCACCACCGUGUUCGCCAUCAUCACCAUGGUGGUGUUCAUCCAGCCCUAUUGGAUCGGCGACAGCGUCAACACGCCGCAGGCGGGCUACUUCGGCCUGUUCCACUACUGCAUCGGCAACGCUCUCACCGGCGAGCUCACGUGCAAGGGCAGCGCGCUGGACUUCGGCUCCAUCCCCUCGGGCGCGUUCAAGACGGCCAUGUUCUUCGUGGGCAUCUCCAUGCUGCUGGUGGUCGGCUGCAUCGUCUGCUUCAGUCUGUUCUUCUUCUGCAACUCGGGCAGCGUGUACAAGAUCUGCGCCUGGAUGCAGUUUGCCUCCUGUGGUUGUAUGGUCGUGGGCUGUCUGAUCUAUCCUGACGGCUGGGACUCGCCGGAGGUGAAGCGCAUGUGCGGGCAGAGGACGGACAAGUACACGCUGGGCAACUGCACGGUUCGCUGGGCCUACAUCCUGGCCAUCAUCACCAUCCUCGACUCGCUCAUCCUCUCCUUCCUGGCGUUUGUGCUGGGCAACCGGCAAGACCAACUCCUGCCCGAGGACCACGAAACUGAGGACAAGGACAAGGAGAAAGGUGAGAUGUCGGAAAGACUUCUCCGGUUCAGCAGAUGA